AUGUGUUUCCGGUCGUGGGACUUGUACGAAUUUCCUCAGCUGCAAAGCACAACGAAGCAUUCGUGGGCUGUUAAAACAACGUCGCAAUUGGAAAAACCGCGAUACCUAGCGGAUCCACACACCUUGCAAACUACCGAAUUCGUGUUCUCGCUAUGGGCAGCUAAUUCAUCUUUAUCAUUCAAACAUGGACGUGGUGGAGUACUCGCUCACGCGUUCUAUCCUCCUACCGUUGACAAUUACAGCACUGAAAUACACAUAGAUAGUGCAGAACCGUGGCAUAUAUAUCUAACUGACAAAUCUGCUAGUAGUAACAAGGACUAUCUGCUUAACACAUUAAUACAUGAAAUUGGACACGCAUUAGGAUUAAUGCACAGUUCGCGCGAAGAAUCCAUAAUGUUCGCAGUUGUCACUGCUAGGAAUAAUAAUAGAAUCGCUAAACUCAACAUAGAAGACAUUUUAGCCAUUCAACAAUUUUAUGGAAUUAUAAAUCCAAAACCAACAACAACCACACAACCACCAACUACCGAAAUUACAACAAAUGCACCCACGUACGUAGAUCUAUGUACUUUACAAUAUGUGGAUACGGUGUUGGUAUUACAUCAUCGAAUAUUCGUCAUCGUAUCAACGCUACGUAUGGUCGAUAGAUAUAAACAGGGAUGA